AUGGCACAAACCCGCACUAUGGAGUCCCGAACUGGGCGAACAAACCAGCGUUACGGCACCAAUGGCGAGAGACUCGUCGCCGGCGUCGUGCCCAUGUCCCCCGACAAGUCAAAGGUCCUCUUGAUACAAUCCGCGCGGCCCGGAGGUUGGGUUCUCCCCAAGGGUGGAUGGGAGCUGGACGAAGAAUCCGCACAGCAGGCGGCAUGUCGUGAGGCCUGGGAGGAAGCUGGUGUGGUCUGCACCGUCCUGCGCGACCUGGGCGUGAUCAGCGACAUGCGCACGCCUGCCCAGGUUACCGCGAAGGCCCCCAAGGUACAAUACCAGUUCUUCGAGGUCCGUGUGGACCGCGAGGAGGCUCAGUGGCCGGAAAUGCACAAACGCAAGCGGCAAUGGGUCACGUAUUCACAGGCAGCUGCGGCUCUUACAAACCGGCCUGAGCUGCUGGAGGCUCUAAAUCGGAGCUCCAUCAAACGAUAG